UUCCAAUGUCAUGCGUUUCAAAUGGCUUUUAACAACCAGCCCAACUCAUGGCCACAACAUGCGGCUCAUUUCAAUUAGAUCUUUUAUUAACAACAGGAGAUGAGGCAAAGACUAUGAAGCUUAUUUGGAUCUUGUUGAGUUGUGCUCUACUGGUGGAAAUGGUAGAAUCGGCACCACCAAAGGCUCCUUCCAAAAGAAUUGUUAAGCCAGCACGGGACUCUGUAGUCUCUCUAGGCUCCUAUGAGGCAGAUGCUCCUCUUCAUGAGGAUAGAUACAUUAUUGGAUUUGAAAGGAAAUAUUUUUGCCAAGCUUAUACUCACUUCGUCUGUCUGUGUGGUUCAAAUCUGUAACAAAUUAUUCUUUAUAUUGAGACAAAGAAAGUGAGAAGGAGAGACAGACAGGCAGAAAGACGGAUUAAUAGAGAGCAAAAUAUCAAUAAUCCAAAACUUUUAUUUAAAACUUAAUGACGCGAAGUUGUAGUUGCCCAUUUGUCAUUGUGGCCAACUAUUGACGAGGAUGCCUUGUGGCUAGCACAGAGACCUACGGUUGGUUAAACAAAAAUUCUUUGAAUAAAAAUUUAAGAAAGUCACUAGAUAAUCUUAUCUUAUAUAAUACAGACGUUACUUCAAAAAAGAAGAUGAUUACGUCCUACGCGUCAUGCAUUUAAUCAUGUAUAUUAACCAAUGACUUAAAUUCUGCCAAGUCACUGGUUUUCCUGGCUGGCUUAGGCAACCCAUUCCAUGCUCUAAUAGCACUAGGGAAGAAGGAGUAUUUG